UGCAAGUGCUCGCUCUCAGCAGCAACAGUGCAAUAUGGACCAGACAGAAGUGAUCAAGCCCAACACCCUGGAAGAGCUGAUCCAGAUCCUGCAUGAGAUAUUUGCCAGUGAUAAAGUGAAUAUAGAGGAGGUGCAGAACAUAGUGGAGUCCUAUGAAAGCAACCCAAGGGAAUGGAUGAAAUUUGCCAAGUUUGACCAGUACAGGUACACCCGAAAUCUUGUGGAUGAGGGAAAUGGAAAGUUCAAUCUAAUGAUUCUAUGCUGGGGAGAAGGACAUGGCAGCAGUAUUCAUGACCAUGCCAACUCCCACUGCUUCUUGAAGAUCCUUCAGGGAAACCUCAAAGAAACUAUGUAUGAGUGGCCCCAGAAGAAAAACAACUGUGAGAUGGUGAAAAAGGCAGAAGGUGUUUUGAAGCUGAAUCAAUGUGCCUAUAUUAACGAUUCCAUUGGCCUCCAUCGUGUAGAGAACCCAAGCCACACAGAGCCUGCUGUAAGCCUCCAUUUAUACAGCCCACCAUUUAGUGAGUGUCACACAUUUGAUCAAAGAACAGGACACCCAAAUUCAGUGAAAAUGACCUUUUGGAGCAAAUAUGGAGACAGGACUCCCUUUGCAAUUGCACAGUCACAGGAAAAUAAUUAAAUUGGCUCUUAAUCAACGGAAAAACCUGAAGCAUUUUUGGAAAUACUAAAGAUUUGCCCUACGCGGAUGUGACCAAACUGUACCUGUGCAUCCUGUAGAACUUGCAAAAAAGGCAGAAGUAUGGAUCUAAUGGCGGCAUUUCUAAAGAAAUCUUUUUUUUAAUUCCCUGUUUUUAAAAUGAACUGUAAAGUUAUGCAAUGCUUUGAAAUUAGAAACCUCUGCUUCAAAUUGGAAAUGUCUUUUGAUGAACUUUAAUAUUUGUAAAGCUGCUUUCCUGUGAAACUUCAACAAUUUCUGCUGAAUGUCCUUGAAUUUUAUAGAAUAUUUUUGUAUAGUUUUGAAUGCUAUUGUUGCAACAUUUUCUGAUCUAAAUAUUUGUAGAAAAAAACUAUCAUGAAUUUGCAUGGUCAUCCGUGUUAUUUUUACGUCUCUUUAUGAGUCUGUUUCCUUGUACUGUUGUUCAUGUUAAGUUCUAAGGUAACACUUAUCAUGUUGUAGUGACUUAUCUAACAAUAAUGAAAACAAUCCCCCCUCCUGCCGUGAUUGAGCAAUUCUUUUAACAACUUUGAUUUGAUGUUUUGCGUGUGUGUAAGUGUGCCUGUUUCUAAAACCAUAAAAAUGUGUUGACUCCAGUAAUCAUACAGAUAUGGUAUAUUAUCCAGAAGGCCCUGAAAUAUGGAAUUGCUAUUUCAUAGUACUUUACUUUGACUUACCUUUUUUUUCUCAAUAAUAAUAAUAACAAGACCUUGUAUUUGAUAUUAAAUGUUGUCAUAAAGAAAUGGUACAAAAAAUCCUACUGGAUGUUUUUUAGUUGCCUACAAGCAUGGUGCUCAAUAUUAAUGCAAUUAUCUGGAACAUUCCCGGGGCCCAAGCAUUCCAGAUAAUAGAUCCCAUAUUUGCGCUGUCAAAAAAAAAUGGUUGACUGUACUAAGUUUCAAUUUAAAUAUUGUAUGCUAAUCAUUCUUUGUUCUUUUAGCUCUACAGAAAAUUAUGUAAUAAAGUAGUUUUUUUUUAAAUA